GGGUGAUAUCUCUUUCCCUUCGCCUUGUCGUAGGGCUAUGGUGUGCUUCCAUAGCCACGGUAUCAGCAGACAGAUACGUCUUCGGCGAACCUCCUCAAGGCCCCGAGCUAAGUUUAACAGUGUUGUGUAACUCGUGUGUAGAGUAUCUCUAAGUUCGUAGCGACAACAUGGAGCUGGAAGAGUCUGUUCAGCAGGCGCAGGAUGCAAGAGCUCAAGUUCCUGGUAAUUACCAGCUGGAGGAGGACAGAGUGAAGAAGAUGAUUCGGGCGUGCURUGAGGAAGGGAUUCUACCSACUAACAUSGAUUCAGGCAAAAUGUCGGUGGAAGGAAGAGAGGCGAAGUUCGUUCUAAACUCUGCGGUAGACGAGAUUAAGGUGAAAUGGUUGAAAGCAAGAACGGUGACUGUCAUAUUUCGAGAUGGCGCUCGGUUCCUUCCAAAGAAAGUGAAGGAGGAUUUGAUUAGAGCAUAUGAAGACGUUUGGAUCCGCGAUGAGACUUUUGGCCAGGGCUUCAAGAGAGGAAGAAUUAAGGUCGAGAGUCCUAAUGUCGUCUCAUACAUUCCAAGAUCUCAAGCUAUUACAGAUUGGAUGUUGGCCAAGCGCUCCGACGUCAUCGACUUAUCUAAUACGACCUACCGAACGGAGUUCAAGCCGUGGAUGACGCGAGUGGAGGUUCGGGACUGGAGAAGAACUGUUGACGAAAACAUCUUUUGGGUGGUGGCCGUUGGCAUACCGCUCGAUGAGAUGGCGUUUAUUUAUAUGCACAUCGAAAGAGCAAUCGGCAAAAUUAUUAAGCAUCAUCAACCAGAGGCGGAAUAGUCUGACCUAAAACUGGUCAACCUGAGGUUUGACCUAGAUCUGCGGCCAAAUCUAAUAUGAAGGAUAAAAUAUGGGUUCAAAC